GGUUAUUACUUUCUCUUCUUCGGUGCUGGGAUGUCUGAAACGGCUCCUGCAGCUGUAGCCGAGUCUGUUCCUGCUACUAUGGAGAAGUCUCCAGCCAAGAAGCGAGGGAAGAAGGCAGUUGGUCUGUCGGGCGCAAGUCGCAAGGCCCCAAAUCCUUCUUUGUCUAAGUUGAUAAUUGAAGCUCUGUCUGUGACACAGGACCGAGUGGGCAUGUCGCUGGCUGCGCUCAAGAAGGCGCUGGCGGCCGCUGGCUAUGACGUGGAGAAGAAUAACAGCCGUAUCAAGCUAGGCCUUAAAAGUUUAGUGAGCAAGGGGGUUCUGGUGCAGACCAGGGGUACCGGUGCCUCUGGCUCCUUCAAGCUCAGCAAGAAGGCUGCGCCUGAACCCACCAAGGGCAAAGUCAAGAAGUCAGCUUCUAACAAGACCAAAAAGUUGUCUUUAUCUAGGGAUUCAAAACCAUCAAAGAGUGUCAAGGCCAAUAAGAAAGCCAAGAAGCCGAGGGCGGCAGCUGCAGCUAAAAAAGCUGUGAGGAGCGGAAGGAAGGCUAAAGGAACCAAAGCCAAGCAACAGCGGAAGAGCCCAGCAAAGGCGAGGCCUGGGAAGCCCAAAGCUGCGAAGCCAAAAUUGACCCAGCAUAAAGUCAAUCCUAGAAGGGCAGCAUCUAAGAAGUGAAGAGCUUCCUCAAGCCAAUUUCCAAAGAACCCAAAGGCUCUUUUAAGAGCCACCCAAGUAACUUCAAAAGAGUGUGACACUGGAUAUUUCUAUAAGUCAGCCUAACUCACAACAAAAGUUAGACUGACGGGGUAAAAUAAAUGGUUUCCUGUUACGCAUAUAAUGCAAACAGGUCCAGAAACUAAAAUACUUGGAUGUGCAAUCCAGAGAAACUAAAUUGUGUUCUGGAAUAGGACUUGUCUAAAUUCUGGAAAUACAAAAUGUUUAGGAAGGGAGUGGAAUUUAUUUGCCUGAACAUACAUAGCUUGAUUUGCUUAUUUAUUUUUGUAUUUAUUUUUAAAACUUAAGUGCUGCAUUCCAGUCUGCCUUUUCCUGUGGUAUCAUAACAGAUUUUUUAACAUGGUGUACACAGACUUCAAAGGGGUUUUUGACCCCUUAAAGUGUCCCAGAAUAUGGGUUAGGAAAUUUCUUUUUAUUCUUCUAUUUCCAUUAACCUUUACCUAAAAUUUAGAAUUUCCUAACAUUGGGACUGAUAGAAAUCAGAAAUAUUUUCAGUAAAGUUACAAGAAUCUUGAAAUAGUGUUUAUGCUCAUUUCCAAAAUACCAUUGUUACUACAUUUUAUGAUACAUUAACAAAGAUGCACAUAUUACUGUCAUGUUUUUAAAGUGGUUUAAUAAUUAUUUUAAUACUAUUGUAAUCCUAUGUAUUAUUUUAUGUAUUUUAUUUACGAAAAGAGGCUAUAGGCUUCAUGGGACUCCAAGAGUAUUCCGCGGUCUGAAAAAAUGUUAAGAACCCUUAUGGAAAUGUUUGAGGCUGCACAGUUAGGGUCUGAAUUCAACCUUCCUAAAUCACAAAAAUUGUAUUAGGAAAAUUCUGGGUCCGAGCUAAAGAACCUUUCUCUUAAAUUUUAAACAAAAUUAGUUUCACUUUUCUCUUAAUUUCUUAUAUAGCAUAUUUGCUUAACAAUCAUCAUAAAUAUUAAAUUAUACUAAUGUUAAUCUAUUUUGGUUUGUGGUAUUUGGGACUACUUUGAAUAAAACCCAUUGCAAAACUA